AUUGUCCCAAUCUUUUCACACCGCACCAUAGGGGAAUUCACCAAAAUCAUUGAGCAAACCCACAACUAUAUUAUAUUGCAAGACCUAUUGGCUUAACAGCGACUGGAUUGGCCAGUCAAAAUGUCGGCUAUAGAGCGGCAACCGUUGUUGGAUGAGAAGAUUGCCCUCAAUUACGAACGUCAGAUUAGCGAUGAUGGGCUUGGAUACACAAAAAGAGCUGCGAGAAGAAGCAUAGGAGAUACCCUCCGCAAGGCCGUUGUGUUGCCCUUGAUCUGUGGGCUUGUUGCAUAUGGAUCAUAUACCCUUUUCAGACAGCAUCUCCGCUCAAACGUAUCGUUGUCGUCACCACACCAUCAUUCCGGCUCCAUCAACUACACUUGCCUACCUGGACAGUCUUGUUGGCCAACAACAGAUGAAUGGAGCGCCUUCAACAAAAGCAUCAAUGGUCAUCUUAGACUGACUGUGCCCUGGGCCGAGCCAUGCUAUCUUGACUCGUCCAGUGAAAAGUGCAAAACCGUGGCGAAAAACUAUGGUAAUGGAUUGUCGCGAACAAGCCAGUACGGCUCAGGGGAGUUCCUCGAUUGGGAGAGAUGUGGUGAAUCGCAAUGCGCCUUGAACUCCUUCAACACUUCAGAUUCCGUUUCUGGUCCCUGUUCGCUCGGAAGAUUCUCCUCAUACCACGUCGAAGCCAGAUCUGGAAGCGAUAUCAGUAGAACACUGGAUUUCGUUCGCAAACACAAUAUUCGAGUCUCGAUCAAAAACACUGGACAUGACUAUUUUGGUCGAUCUACUACUCCCAAUUCACUUGCCAUCUGGACACACAACCUGAAGGAUACCAAAUUCCACAAGACUUUUCAGCCUCAAGGAUGCAAUACCCGCUACGAGAACAUUGGUGAGAUUGGUGCUGGCGUGCAAGCUCAAGAAUCAUGGGAAGCUUUUGAGCCACAUGGCAUGCUCGUUACCGUAGGUGCGUCGGCAUCUGUUGGCAUCGCCGGAGGCUACGGCCAAGCAGGUGGCCACGGACCGCUGGGACCCAAGUACGGGCUCAUGGUUGACCAAGCUGUCGAGUUCGACGUCAUCACUGCUGAUGGUAAACAACACACCAUCAACGAAUGCAGUGAUCCAGACCUCUUCUGGGCCAUGCGUGGAGGCGGAGGCGGAACCUAUGCAGUGCUCACAUCAUACAAGUUCCAGCUCCACCCAGCCGUUCCUAUCAACGUAUACUACUUCCAUGCCAACUUUCCAGCACCAAAAAACAUCUCCGAGUCGAAGAUUCACCAAGAUUUCCUGACUGCACUUGCCUCAAACCAAGCCCUCUUUGGCAAACAUGGUAUCGCCGGAUACAACUUUGUGCUACCAGACCACGUAAUAUUUGUGCAAGUCAUGCCAUCCAACGAUACCGAAGCGAUAAAGACCAUCACUUCGGAGUGGCGCAACCUUCUUACAAACAUCCCUGGUAUCGAAAUCACCGCCGACGACUACUACUCAUUCGAAAAGUUCUCCCAGUGGUACGACUUCACCGAGAAACCUGAGCUCGCGCGCAAUGGAGCUGUCGGUCUGGGAUUCAAAGGUGUAGGCCGCUUCAUGCCACGCACUCUCUUUGAAUCCAAUCAGAGCAUCGAGAAACUAGUAGAAGCAGUCAUGACUUCAAUGCAGUACUCGUACGCCAGACAUGGCUCAGGAGGCGUGCAGCUAUACGCUACGGGGCCUGACAACUUCCCGGAUAAUGGCAAAACGAGUGUUAAUCCUAUCUGGCGAGACUCUCUCUGGGAGAUCGUCAUGGGCCAGUUCUGGACCACAGCCACGCCGCCGAAUACCCUGUCUCCAAUUCAGGACAUAGUCACCGCCAUGGUUGAGCCGCUCAAGGCGUUGACGCCUGGCGGUGGAUGCUACCUAAACGAGGGUGAUUGGGCUGAGAAGAAUUGGCAGGAGACGUUCUUCGGUGUUCAGUACGAGAGGCUGCUCGCAGUGAAGAAGCGGUACGAUCCAACUGGCUUGUUCAAUUGCUGGAAGUGCGUGGGCUGGACGGGAUAUGAUGACCCAAUGUAUUCUUGCUACUCGCAGUCUCGACAUGCACCACUGCCAUCUAUACCGCUAGACCCUCUCAACAGGUAACCACAGAGCUCUGGUUAGCUCUCCUUCUCUAUUCUUUUUUUUCACUGUUCCUCGAAGACUGGAACUCAUUUUGAAUGUACUGUAGCAUGUCUUGGUCGUCUUUCCGCACCCAAUUUCAUCAUUACUCCUUCUCUAUUGAAUCUUUUUGUCUUUCACUCGCAGCCGAUAUAUCUAUCUUGCGGUUUUGAGUACUCCGAAAUGCGGAGACAGCCACAUGAGACAUAAUUCUGUCAAUGUUAGCUUAAAGUUUUACAUCGCGGUCCAACGUUCACCGCAAGAGCUUCACACUUCAUUUCAAGCACAGUAAAGUUUUCAUGAUGUUCCUCACCGUUUGACUUCAUAUACUCUCUCCUCACUUGCUAGUCUCCCAUUGGUCGGACACUGUGAUGUUUGCAAACGGGCCAGCUGCACGACACCG